GAACCCCACCAACGACGUCAUGGUGACGCGGGGCACUGGGACAGGAGGCUCCCGCACUAUAAAAGGUACGUCAGCAUUUGUCGAGUUUUUCAACAUCCUACGUUGAAUCAACAUGGCUUCAUACGCAGCUGUGACAGCGCACAAUGCUCCCAGCAUUGACCAGCAACCCAAACCUGAUCCUGCACUGCUCAAUACGGCCCCACCACAAUCUUCGCCGUAUAUCGAUAUCACAAAGAAGGUCAACAUAGUUCCUCCGCCAGCCCCCGCCCCCCGUCGCCGCAAUCGACUGGACGAGACCAAAGCCGAAAGUAUCUAUCUUCUCGACUCGGCCAAACAUUAUCUUUUGCGGCCCGGAGUCGCUGGCGGGUUGAUUGGCCUAGUGAAUAUUGGUCUUAUGGCGGGUACCGCAAGGGCGUUUUACGUUAAUCCUCACUAUCGACGCGACACGAGAUUGAUAUACUCCACGGUUGCGGCGGCCCUGGGACUACUUGGAUUGGAAGGCUUCAUUGGAGAGGCGUAUCGAAAGACGCCGGCAGGCCAGGAAGAGGAACGUAAGGCCAAGGAGGAAGGUGCUGUUAUCUAUAGACACGCCAAAGAGCAGAUUCUCCGCCCCGGCGUUCUUGGCGGUCUGGUUGGAAUGUUCAUGUCGAAUAACAUUCGGCUGAACACUCUCAAUUAUUCAUCCCUACCUACCCAGGACACCACGACCAUGCGUUCUUCCGUUCGCGCAGCAGCCUCUGCGUCGACGUCACGGCUGAAGAAAUCGAAGAGGCGUACGGAGAGAUACACAGACGACUCCGAAGAGGAAGCUGGCUUAUUAGCCGAUCAGAGAUAUGACGAAGAGAGAACGCAAUACGAAGAGGAGGAGAAUCCGGUGGACGCAAGCAUCGAGCUGUCGCCCCAACCAAAGCGCGGUGGGUCACUGAAGGGUCGCAAGAAGGUCCAAAAGGAUGCCUCGAGAACAAUUCCUGUUCGCCCUUCUGCCAAGUUCCAAGCAAGAUUUCCACCGAAUAUCGUCCGAAAUCAAAAGUACAACUUGCUCACCUUCCUUCCAUUGGUCAUCUAUGAACAGUUCAAGUUCUUCUUCAAUCUCUACUUCCUGCUCGUCGCCCUAUCCCAAUUUAUACCUGCUCUCAAGAUCGGUUUUAUCGUCACGUACAUCGCCCCUCUCGCCUUCGUUCUCUGUGUAACCAUGGGCAAGGAAGCGUACGACGACUACAAACGCAAUCUUCGAGAUCGAGAAGCCAAUUCGCAGAGAUAUCUGAUCCUCGAACACCCUUCCUCAGAAGGCUCGUCGGUUCUCAACAGCGCCUACAUAGAUGCGCAUGCAAAUACUCGCGCCGUGCCCUCUUCAUCUUUGCGUGUCGGCGAUCUCAUCCGCUUAGAGAAGAACCAGCGCGUUCCUGCAGACCUUGUGCUCUUGCACACAUCGGACUCUUCUGGGACUUGUUUCAUACGUACGGACCAGUUGGACGGAGAGACAGAUUGGAAGCUUCGCGUUGCUGUCCCUGAGUGUCAGAAGCUGGAAGAGUUUCAAUUAAUCAGUCUGGACGCAGAGAUCUACGGCAAGUGCGGCGAUCUGACCAACACUCCUGCGUGGCUCAUCUAG